CUUUUCAGUCAUUGUCUAUCCUCAACUCCAAAGAUGUGGAAAUUGAGGGAAUAACCUUGCUUAACAGUCAAAAGUUUCAUAUGGCGAUUGUGGGAACCACCACAGCUAUGAUUCAAGGAGUAACGAUUACAGCGGAUGGGGAGAGCCCUAACACAGACGGAAUACACGUCGAGUCUUCCUCUGCAGUUAACAUCACUCAUUCCAAUGUCGGAACCGGGGACGAUUGCGUCUCUAUUGGUCCCCGCACCAACGGCGUGACAAUUAGGAACUUGACUUGCGGACCGGGCCAUGGAGUCAGCAUAGGGAGUCUAGGGCGAGAGGACAACGAGGGGCGAGUGGAAAACAUACUGGUAGAAUAUGUUCAGUUCACCGAAACGCAGAACGGAGCGAGGAUCAAGGCGGUUGCCAGACCUGAGGCGGACGCGGUUGUGAACCAGGUCGUGUUCCAGCACCUGACCAUGACCGAUGUUACGAACCCCGUUCUCAUUGACCAAUACUACUGCCCUGACCAUCAAAACUGCCCCCAAGGGGACUCCGGCGUUAAGAUCGGCAACGUCAAGUUUGUCGACAUACGGGGGUCGUCAAAGUCGGAGUUUGCCGUCAACUUGAAUUGCAGCGCCCUCAGCAAGUGUUCCGACAUAACCGUCUCCGACGUGGAACUCACUUACAACGGAGGCAAACCUCGAGCUUCCUGUAACAACCUCCUCGGCAACCCUUGUGAUUCUGUCUUUCCUAGCAAUUGAUAUCCCGCCCUGCAUAUACUAUCGUAUAUAUUAGGAUUAGGAUGUUUUUACUUGGCACUCAAAUUUUCUAGCUUGGUACUCUGGAUCUUGUCUGGUCUUUUAAGAUUGAAAUUAGUCUAAGUAAAAACAUCCUUAUUCCUAGUUAGCUAGCUUCAAAUUCUGUAAUACAAGCUUGGUGGCCUGCCGAACCGACCGAGCCCAGUUUUUUUGUAUGACCACUAAUUAGAAGUAAAAACACAGAGUAAAAAUAUUUUGAAAUUCC